AGUCUUCCUUUUCUUCUAUCCUCUUGACUUUUCUGUGUUGCGCACCUGAACUCUCACGCGUUCCAUUCUACUUCUUUUUUCUUGCAUCCCGGUUGCUGUGGUGAUGCUUGUUAAGUGAUUUUCACAGUUUCCGGUAUUCAAAGGCUCAAUCCGUGAGCUGCUUCCGACCAUUCUUUUGUAUCUGAACUGAUAGGAGCGAAUAAUUAAAGAUGUCCUCUGGUGUAGUGAUUGUCGGUGACUCUAUUUGCGGCGGCGAGAUCAAUCAGAAGCUAAGUACAAGCGCUGAGGAAGUUUAUCUGCGAGGAUUCAACACCUUCGCUGGGAAUAACCCCAGUGAUGUAGCACUUAUCCAUGAAGGCGCGGGAGAAAUUGUGGCUGCUAUAAACGGACACAUCGAGGUUACCGAUCGCGUUGUUUCUGUCAAAGGCUUGUUGCCACGGUAUCAACCUGAAGUUGGUGACGUCAUAGUGGGCCGCAUUUUAGAAGUUGCUGGCAACAAAUGGCUGGUGGAUGUCAACUCGACACAAACUGCCAUUAUGCUCCUGUCAAACGUAACUGAGCCAGGCGGCAUGCUUCGCCGUCGCGGCCGAGGGGAUGAGUUGGGAAUGCGACAGCUUUUCGACCAAGAAGAUCUCGUUGCUGCUGAAGUGCAACGAAUCUCUCCGGACGGCGUUGUUUCUUUACACACCCGUGCUGCUGAAAAAUACGGUCGUCUGUGUGGGUUCGGAAUACUCGUGAGCGUCCGCCCGUCGCUCGUGAAGCGAGCGAAGCAUCAGUUCGUGGAGCUUCCCGACCUCCACGCCGAUUUGAUUAUUGGACUGAACGGAAAUGUUUGGAUUUCGUGGAAAAAAGCAGCGGACGACACCGCGGAGGAAAAGGAGCGCGAGUCAGAAGCGAGACAAAAUGUCGCACGAAUUGCCAACUGCAUUAAGGCUCUUAGUGCUGCACAGAUUCAAAUUCAUCCGGCUUCCGUCGAAGCUGCUGUGGCAGCAUCUCUAGAAGCUGGUUUUUCGGCGUUUGAUGUGUCUCUUGAUAAGAAUCAAGAGGCAUUCCUAGCGAGGGUCCAAGACAUUGUUGGAAUUAAACGCCGUCGUUAG